UAUGUUCCACUGGCCAGAUGUAAUAACGAUGGCUGCAUGGGGGUCUUCUCACCCUGCAUGAAUUUAUAGAAGGCAUAACAUUUCAGAAAUCAGUUCAUUUCUGGGACAGUCAUCAAUUCACCCGAGCAAGAUGAAGGCUGUUGCUCUGCUGCUGAUGUUUGUUGUCUUGGCCGCCCUUCCUGCAGAAACCAGCGCGUGGGGAUGGUUUAGAAGAGUCGCACAAAAAGGUUCUGGAGUUGUAAACAAGUUCAACAUCUGGAGAAACAAAAACGCUCGAGCGAUACGCGCUCUACAUGAAGACCUGACGGAGGAGGAAAUGAUAGAGACGUUGGCCACCAGAGAUAUCAAUGAACUGGUUGAAGUUGACCAACUCAGUGACGCAGACAAGGCCGAAUUGAGCAACAUCCAGCGUGAGGCUCGAGAUCUAAUGGAUCAAAUGGACGCACUGGACGAUUAAUGAUGCACAUGCACAUUGUUUUCACAUUACUUGGCAAUUUCAUCAAUAAAAAGUUUGAUGUGUGU